AUGCACCUGCACCAGCAGCAGCAGCAGCCGCUGCAGCAGCAGCAGCAGCAGCAGCAGCAGCAGGGCAAGGAUGAUGAUAAUAAUAAGAGCGGUAGAUGCUUGCCUCUUAAUGAAAGAGUUGUUUUAUUUCUGCGGCAGCUAGCAGAGGUGAAUGUACACUCCAGUGUGUGUGUUAGCAGCUGGGCUUAUGCAGAUGCCGCAGUCAGUCUCCUCUCCCUCCACAAGCACAUGCAGCAACACGAAGCAGCAGCAGCAGCAGCAGCAGAAGCAGCAGCAGAUGCAGAAGGGGACGAAGCACGAACAGAAGCAGCAGCAACAGCAGCAGAAACAGAAGAAGAAGCAGCUGAAGAAGAGAAAACGUGCACAAAGGCUGCUGCUGCUGAUGCUCCUGCUGCUGCUCCCGAUGCUGCUGCUGCUGCUGGCAACUUAUUAGAAGAAGCAAACCGUACAACAAAUGCAGCAGCAGCAGCAGCAACAGCAGCAAAUGAAGCAGCAGCAACAACAGCAGCAGCAGCAACCAUGGGCCGUCGAAAGAAGCGUAUGAGGGCACCCGACUCCACAACAGCAGCAGCAGCAGCAGCAGCAGCAACAACAGCAGCACGUAUUGCUUCUCCCCCUUGUUACUUGUUUAAUGAAGAAGGCAAUCCUUUUGAGUGUACGUACAUCAAGAAAAAGAUUGGAGGGAAGCAGAAGCAAAAGACGCAGCAGCAGCAGCAGCAGCAGCACCAGCAGCACCAGCAGCAGCAGCAGCAGCACCAGCAGCAGCAGCAGCAGCAGCAGCAGAAGAUGGGUUUAAGGGGUCUUCCUACAACGCCUGGGGGCAGCAGCAACAUGAACAGCAGCAGCAACAACAACAACAACAGCAGCAGCAACAACAGCAGCAGCAGCAGCAACAGGAAUAUAGGCGGCUGCAGCAGUAUUCAUAUGCAGCAAGACGAUGUUGAGACGCCCUUAGUAUCUGCUGCUGCUGCUAGCGGCAGCUACGGGUCUGUAGUGGAUGACAUAGAGAAAGGGGCUUGCUGCUACCCUCCUUCUUCUUCUGCAGCAGCAGCAGCAGCAGGAGCAGCAGCAGGAUCAGCAGCAGGAAAGGGUGCAAUAAAAGCAGCAACAGCACCAGCAGCAGCAGCACCGGCAGCAGCAUUUCUUAAGCAACAGCAGCAACAGGAGGCGCAGCAACAGCAGCAGCAGCGACAGCAGCAGCAGCAGCAGCAGCGACAGCAGCAGCAACUUAAGGAACAGCAGUUGCAGCUGCAGCAGCAACAAUCGGACCCGCAAAAACAGCAGCAGCUGCAGCAGCGCCAACUACAGCAACUGCAAUACACAGCAACAGCAGUAGCAACAGAAGCAACAGCUGCAGCAACAACAGCAGCAGCAACAGAAGCAACAGCUGCAGCAACAACAGCAGCAGCAGCGCCGCAGGUGAGAGGAGUCCCCUAUCUGCGGAAAUAUUUAUUUAGAGAGCAGCAAACAAAAUGCUCUCUUCAAGACCAGCAGCAGCAACUGCAGCAGCAGCAACAGCAGCAGCAACUGCAGCAGCAACUGCAGCAGCAACUGCAGCAGCAACUGCAGCAGCAACUGCAGCAGCAACUGCAGCAACAGCAGCAACAGCAACAGCAGCAGCGGGGGACGAGUAGGAGGACCCAAAGGAUGGCAGCAGCCCCCUGUAUGCUGCUACCUGCUUUUGCUGCUGCUGCUGCUGCUGCAGCACACCAAGUGCAGCAGGAGGAGCAGCAGCAGCAGCAGCAAGGUCGGACAGUGCCCGACGGCAGUCUAAAGGGAUUCGCGUUAUUUUUUUCUCUGCUCUUUUACUUCGCGCUCUCCCUCUUAGGGGCGUCGCUCACAGAUAGUCUCCUUGGCUAG